GCGGGGGAAGGAAGGAAGGAAGAAAGAAAGAAGGAAGGGAGGGAAGGAAGGAAGGAAGGGUAGGACAGAUCGAGCGACGCGGCGCCAGGUCGGAGGAGCUGCGGCCGCGCCCGUGCGUGUCGGCGGGCGGCCAGGAUGGAUCACCAUCAGCCCGUCAGCCGCUACCAAGUGCUUCACAAUGAGGAUGACCCCCCAGAGUCUUCAGCGGCUGAGCAGCCUUCGAUGUCUGCAGAGACUCCGCAGCCUCCACAGACAGCAGCCUUACCUGAGGCAGAUACUUCCCCUCCUCCUUACUGUAGCAUAGCUGUGGAAGCAGCUGCAGCCUCAGACACACACAAUGAGUUUUAUCCUGUACCACCUCCAUACAGUGUAGCUACCUCUCUUCCUACGUAUGAUGAAGCUGAGAAGGCCAAAGCUGCAGCCAUGGCAGCUGCUGCAGCUGAAGCUGCCCAGCGACACGCCCAGUUUAGGGAAUCUAGGAGUCUGUUUGAUGAAAUAUUCCUCAGUCGUCCAGAGGAAGAAGAGUAUCCACCACGGGAUGAUUUCAGUGAUGCAGAUCAGCUUAGAGUGGGCAAUGAUGGCAUCUUCAUGUUGGCAUUUUUCAUGGCAUUUAUUUUCAACUGGAUUGGAUUUUGUUUAUCCUUCUGUAUAACAAAUACCAUAGCUGGAAGGUAUGGUGCAAUCUGUGGAUUUGGUCUCUCCCUCAUCAAAUGGAUUCUCAUUGUCCGGUUUUCAGAUUAUUUUACUGGAUAUUUCAAUGGACAGUACUGGCUUUGGUGGAUAUUUCUCGUACUUGGACUCCUUCUGUUCUUUCGAGGCUUUGUUAAUUAUCUUAAAGUCAGAAAUAUGUCUGAAAGCAUGGCAGCUGCUCACAGAACAAGAUUUUUUUUCUUGUACUGAAGACUGCAUCGAACAGACAUUCCUUUCCUGUGCUGGUGUGAAACUUCAGGUGAUCUGUAGCCCUCCAAGUUAAUAAAAUAGAAGACUACUAAAACCAGAAGACAAAUAAUUGAAAAUAUGGCUUAAAAAAUGAAUGACAGGAUGGUUUAUGAUCAAGUACCAGUUCUGGUCAUUCUAGUAAAUAUAUAUAAUUGCUGCCUUUUGUUUUAGCACAUUCGUAUAUGUGCUUGUUAAAAAGAAAGAUAGUAUUGAAGUAAGAACAAACUGUCUGUAAGUAUAGAUUAGGUACAGUCAGACUCAGUUAAUCUGUGCUUGUUGUAUCUGAAAGAUUUGAGUGGUAGCUUGUUUCACAGCUUGUAUGUACCACAGACUUGGUCAUCUGAACUUCUGAGUACAAUGAAAUGCAUUAAAUGAUUCAGAUUAACCAGUUCAGACAGGUUUUUUUUUACAUAAUUUAGAUUCAUCUAAUGAUUGUAUAGAGCAUUUUUAAGUUUACUAAACCCCAAAGUUCCUUGUCAUAAACUUAUAUUUGCCAAUAUUUUAUUGAAUUCAAGACAAUAUACUGGUUUGUGCUAAAACUGAUACACUUUGAGUCCCCUGUAAAUAACUCUGCAUAAAUGACUGUUUUAAUUGCUUCUUAGGAAAUAUGUCAAAAUAUAUUUUGUAACAGCAUAUUCUCUAAAUUUUGUUUAAUCUUAGAGCUAUAUACAUAUUUUUUGUUAAUUGGCUGUUAAAGGUUUAAUUAACAGUAGAUGUCAUUUUGGAGGUUUGCAUUCUUGAGGUCACUAUAAAUACUAAAUCCACAUUGAGUGCUUCUCAAAAAUCAUACAACUACUUUAUAAUACUUGUUUAGAAUAAAUACACUGCCAUUUCAUAAGAACAAACUAGUUUAAAUGCAAGGUAAUUUGGGAAGCAAUCUAUGAAGGAAAAAAAUCAAAGCUCUGAAAGUAGAAAAUGUGUUUUACCUCUCCCUUUAUUCAUUUAAGGUAUAUUGUUAUGUUCUUAUAAAUAUAAUCUCUUUAAGGGGUACUGUCUACAGUUCAUGCUUGUGUAGUUUCUUUUAAAAUUUGUGAAAAUUAUGCUUCUCCUCUAAAUAGGAGGAGACAUCUCUCAGUCCUUUGUACAACUGGAAUCUCAGUUGGAAAAAUACAUUGGCUGUUGGUUGCACCUUUGAGGAAAAAAGUACAAAUAGUUUCCUCCAUUUUUAUUUUUAAUUGGAAUUCUGCUUUUUUGUUACUAACAUUAAAACCAGUGAGGUUUAUGUUGUGUUAAGCUAGUGCUGUAUUGAGUUUUGUAUCUAUAAUGAAUGUUUAAAAUAUACAUAUGUAAACAUUUUCAUUUUCCUAAUCUUUCAGAGUUAACUGAUAGUAACUAAAACUUUAGGGGCACCUCUACUCAGCUUUUUAUGGAAAGAAGAAAGUUAAGUAUUAUGUUCAAUAUCCUAUUGGGACUUCCUUCUAAACUUCUGUUUGUUUCUGUGUUCUUUUGCAUUCAUUGUCCAGAUAAAAAAGAAGCAAAUAAUAAAGCAUUGCUUUGUUUUGCUAAUUAAGACUUAAUGCUUUUUUGGCCUUUUUUUUGUACUUCGUGUUGAAAAAUGUAUAUUGCAGUAUUUGUGUCAACAUGGAGUUAUUUCCAUCAACAUGGAAAGACAAAUUACUUAGCAAAAUCAGUACUUACCAGUCCUCUCUGCUCUUUUUCAUCUCAAGUUUCAUGGCAACAAACUGUGAGGACAUUUAUUUUAAGGAGUUAAUGCAACCAUUCAAAGCAGGCAAUAUUACUUCAUUUUCUAUGCUUACCAAAAUCAACUAGCAUUAUUUUUCAACUAUAUCAAUUUUCCUAUAUUAAGUAGCAACUUCUGGUAGAAUUAAUUGUUUGGUCCAUGCAUUUUAUAGGAAACUUCAUACAUCUACUUUGUGUAUAUUGGAAAAAUUCUCAUUUGGUCAGAAAGAAUAUUAUCUAAUCCUCUUUAGUUGAUGCAUCGGUUUGGAAGCCUGAAAUCUCAUCAGCAGGAGGAAGAGAACUGGGACAGUAUUUUCAAAGAAUCUGCAAUCUAUUCCAGAUGUUUCAAAUGCUGCAUAUUUUCCUAGCUAUUUCCUGUGAGCUUGGUUUGGAGCAGCUGGCUCUGUGGUUUAGAGACACCUGGCCAGCUUUGCUUUGUGUCUUGGGGGUGUUGGGGGAAAAGCUCCAAUAUUGCAGUGAAGUUGCCUGUAAACAGACUUUGUAUGAAUGCAAAUAAGGCUUUGAAACUUGGGACUGAAACAGCUGAAGAGGGGAGGUGAGGAGAGAAAAUUCUGGCUUAUUUGAGCAGAUGGUAUUGAAAUUUUUCUAGUUUUAUCAUCUUCUUGUGUUCAUGUAGACACCACAGGAAGACUGACAUCUUGAUUGUGAUUCAGGUAGCCUGUGGGACUCUAUUAACAUAUUCCAGAAAGGAUCAGUCACUAGUGCUUUCAGUCCCCUUACAGAGCCAAGGUUGUCUCCAAGCUUCUGCCCUUGCUGUCUCACCUAAAGCAUGGACACAGUCCUCAUCCUGCAACAUCUUUUAACCUAAUUUGAACACCCUGCUCUUUUUGUAUCUGCUUCCCUCCCUUUGAAUGGUGACAACAGUUGAGGAAAAGUGGCUUUGUUCUUGUGUUAUCCUAACAUCAGAAAUCUUGCAAUCUCUUCUACUUUUGGAGACUGUUUUCCCAUAAUGCUCUACAUUAGUCCCUCCUGUGUGGUUGCUUACAUUGUGCACUUGAGCAAAAGACUUUAAUCUAAUGAAAUGACAAUAGAUAGCUUCCUGGACUUCUGAAGAGAGGAUUAAUAACCUCUGAUAUGGAAGUAAAUGUCUCACAAUAAGGCAAAAAAACCCAUUCGAAUCAUGCUAAAACAUGAUUAGCAUGUGCACAGAUACCCAGAAACAGCAGAGUCCAGGCUGUUGUUUCUCCAGUGUAUGUUGCUUUUUUCCACCAUCCAGAGAUCCUUAUCUUUUUUCUUUAUAAUUCUGAGUAUGCUUUUACCAUCUGAAUGUGCUCUACUUACUCGGCAUAUGCUUUCCAGUUCCACAUCCUUUCUCCUUUCUUUGUGCAAUGUCUAUGUUCCCUGCAAGGAUAGGCAGAGAAGGCAUGUCAGCUGAGGUUAAAAAAUAAAGCACCUUGAACUUCUGAAGGGUAUUUUUUUAUUUCUUACAAUGAUGGUCUGUAUCCCCAUAUGUCCAUAUUUUAUUAUUAUUUCUGCUAUGUAAUUGUCUUUCCCCUCAACCCUUUUCUAAUGAAAUAAAGUCAGCUUUCUUGGGUUUUUACCUGUGGUAUAUUUUCUA